AUUUCGACUGUUGAAAGGUUAUAGUGAGAUUAAUGGGAGUAGUCGUAAAUAGUUGUAAAAGUAUAGUAUUUUUUGCUGUUAAAUCGAAGCCAAACAUUUUGUUAAACACAUAAUAGGACAUUGUCGCGGAUAUUGUGUUUGUGAGAUCAGCUAGAUAGGGACAUUCGUAACGUUUGUGGUUAUGUUAUUUAUGAUCAUAAUAGUGGUAGAACAUUUCUAGUUUUUUGUUGUUUUGGAAAACAAAUUCACCGAGAACAGUGUGAAAAUGGCUAACUCUGAAGUGAUCAAGCUGCAACAACACCUUUCGCUAUUGAAGCAGGAAUACGCGACCCUGCAAACCAAAUACAGAGAUUUAGAAAGUCGUUAUACCUACAUAGCAGCAACAAAUGGUGACGCUACAGAUAGUGACAUUACCAACUCCUUCGCUUCAAGAUUGGUUAAUACUAUCUCCAAUUUGCAUGACUCGGAAGUUUAUAGCGAUAUUAAAAUAAAAUUACUAGAUAAAUGUGUGCCAGCUCACAAAAUAGUUCUUACAGCAAGAUCGACACUUUGGAAUGAAGAGUUCCUUGAAGGAAAAUCGGAGCUGGACUGGUCAGAUAUAGAUUCAGCGGUGGCAACUGGAAUUAUUUUAUGGUUGUAUAAGAGCGACAUUAGACUGGUAUCCGACGAAAUAACUUUGCAACUAAUAAAAAAAGCAUAUGAGUUUAAAUUGGACAGUCUCGUCGAGUACUGCGAACAAUAUCUCAUAUCGGCAGUGAAUAUUCGAAACUGCGUCAAGUUUUAUAGUGUUGCUGAGGAAAUCCAUGCCUCUGGUUUAAGGGAAUAUUGUUCUGGUCUCAUUUCUGCACAUUGGGAUGACCUGAAUUCAUCCGACUUUGAACACAUGAGUGGUCCCUUACUGCAUCAGAUGCUGAAGAGCAAAACUCAUUUACCUUUGCAUAGUGCAGUGCGGCUUCAAAGAGAAGAUGUUGUUUUUUUAUGCUUGGUGGAAAAUUCAAACAGGCUUUCAGAUGUUGUUAAUGUUUGGUCUCAACAAGGCGAAUUACCUUUGGACCUGGCCCUUCGAGGAAAAAACGAUAACAUUGCUUCAACCUUAAUUCAGCACAAUGCUGAUGUUAAUAUCAGGGACUCUGAUGGAGAGUCUUUAUUACACAGAGCUAUUAAGAGAAGGGACAACUUUGCUGCCUUAUUUCUCUUGGAAAACAACUGUGACGCAACUUUAACUACCAGGAUUGAAAACGAUUCAGCUCUCCACCUAGUUGCCUGUUCGCCAAACUUAGAAGACUCUGUAAAAAUAGCCGAAAAAUUAAUGAACAAAAAUGCUAAUGUGAACGGCCAAAAUAAGCUUGGUUUUACCGCUCUACAAGUAGCUAUUCAAGCUGAUAACGAUGCAGUUUUUGAUGUAAUUCUCCAACAUGAACAGGUGAAUUCCAAUUUGAAAACCAACGACGAGCACCCUGCUCUUUACUAUGCUUACUUAAAACUAGAUGUGGGAGUGUCUCACUAUGCAGAGUCCUUACUCAGGCAUGGAGUUCAAACAGAUUCUUUAUAUUCAUCGCAAGGUUGCGCAGACUUACUACAGAUCUUGAUUAAACAAGGCUUAAGAGACGCCGCUGUUCAUCUCGCUGGCCACGCGAGAAAUUUGAAUCAUGUAAAUGUGGAAGGAGAGACAGCCCUCCAUUUAGCUUGCCAAAGAGGUUAUAAUGAACUCGUCUCAAAAUUGAUUAGCUUAGGAGCAAACCCAAACUUAUUAACUAACGAAUUUCGACAAUCGGCUUUACAUUAUGCUGCCCAAAGCAAUGCAACUGAGUGUAUUGAGGCGUUUAUCAGACACAAUAUUUCACUCGAGCAAAGCGAUAAUCCUGAUGAACAAAAAAUACUCGCCAAUUUCAACUUACGUGACAUCAACAGUGAUACCCCAAUCAGUUUGGCUCUAAACCUAAGAUUUAAAGACCUGGUUCCAUUAUUAAUUAGUGGAAAAGCGGAUAUUAACAUGCGAAAUGGAAAAGACUUAACUCUUUUGCAUCAAGCUAUAAUUAAAGAAGACGCGAACACAGCAGUAUACCUCCUGGAUCAAGGAGUAGAUAUUAACGCUCUUACUUCAGAGAAUGAAACGCCUUUACAACUAGCCAUACAUUGUAGACUGCCUGAGGUAGUAGACGCACUAUGUGUAAAAGGAGUGGAUAUGUCAGCACCGGAUAGGCUUGGAAACUGCGCUUUGUGGGCAGCUUUGGAUUCUGGUCAAGAAACAAUUGCCAGUAUUUUGGUGAGUCAUGGAGCCGACACUGAUUGUUGGGGUCCGGGCCCAGAAGGAUGUAAACAAACGCUUCUGCAUCGCGCCAUAGACGAAAACAAUGAAACCGCAGCAAUUUUCUUAAUAAGAUCUGGCUGCGAUGUUGAAUCAGCCAGGAUGGCAGGCAACAACGGGGAAGGUAGUGAAGAAGUUAAAGGCGGUCAUAGGCCUCUCCAUUUGUGUUGCAUGUGGGGUCUUGAAAAUGUUGCUAGGGCGUUGAUAGAGCACAGAGCAAGUGUAACUGCUCAAGAUGCGGACUUGAAAACACCCCUGCAUUUAGCAAUUGAAAAUCAACAAGAUCAAAUAAUUUCUCUUCUUUUGUCUGUACCUGAGAUUGAUCUUACCAGAUUGGAUAAAACAGGUUUGACGCCGUUUGCCUCUGCGUUGACUUUGCGGAAUCAUAAGUCCGCUCAAGCAAUACUAGAUAAGCUGCCAUCAGCAGCUGAACAAUGCAACAGUAAAGGCCAAAAUUUCUUACAUGUUGCCAUCAUGAAGGGAGACAUAGAAAGCGCUCUGUUCCUUCUAACAGUGAAUGUGGAUGUUAAUUCUCGAGUGCAGGACGCUUUAUUAGCGCCCCCUAUACAUUUAGCAGCUAAAUAUGGGAGUGAAACAUUGGUUAGAAGCUUGAUUUUAGCUGGAGCCAGGGUUGAUGAUAAAGAUUCGCAGAAACGUACGGCUCUUCACGUAGCGUCCGAAGCUGGUAAUGCUCCAGCGGUUACAGCAUUGCUGCAGAAUAAUGCUGAUUAUGAUGCUCUAGAUAUGGCAGGCGAUAAUGCUUUACAUAUUGCUGUCAGGGAAGGUCAUUUGAAUGUAGUUCGAGUACUGCUUACCGAAUGCUCCAUAGAUGCGGAAUGUCUAAACAUAAAAGGAAGAAAUUCGCUCCAUGAGCUAUGCAGAUAUGGGAAGGAUAAUGCCGCAGCUAUUUGCGAACUAUUUUUGGAAUGUAUGCCUAAAUAUCCAAUCAAUACACCUGAUGUCUAUGGGAAUUCUCCUUUGCUCUUGGCAUACAUGAAUGGCAAUGCAAAUCUGUGCAGGGUUUUAGUUAAAGCAAACGCAUGCCUUGGAACAGAAAAUGCGGAACGAGUAACCAUCUUUAACUAUCAAGUUCCCAGCAAACAACUAUUGACCAAGUUAUUAGAUCAAUUGGCUCAAUCGGCUCCCUGGGCACAUACAGACAGUUGUCAGGAGUGUGGAAAAGGGUUCUCUAUAACUCAACGAACUCACCAUUGUCGGCAUUGCGGAAGAGCUUUAUGCAACAAAUGUAGCGAUCAAGAAGUUCCCAUUAUAAAGUUCAAGGAGAAUAAACCCGUCCGCGUAUGUCAAGUAUGUUUUACCGUUCUAAAGACAGGAUCUUGCUAAAAUAAUUCUUAAUUAACGAUUUAAUUGUAACCAAAAAUUAUGUAUUUAUAUGUAUAGUGUAUUUUGAUAUAGACUGAUCCAUGCAGUCCUGUUUUAUUUUGGUAUAUUUUAAGGUUCCAUGUUUUGUUCAAUAUUGAAGAAGUUGGCAAAAAGACUUGCUCUUUACGUUUACACUAGAUUUCAAUUUUUGGCUUAAGAUGCGUUAGUGUACAAAAAAAUUUUUGAAAUUAGGCUGACUUUUAUGUAUAAUUUUUACUGACAACAUACCAUUCCUUUUAUAAUUAGUUUAAUCGUAUUACGUAGUAAAAACUCUGCUUUAAUUAAACAUUCUAUAUAAAAGUAUGUAAAGCUUGCUCACCAUCAAUCUGUAUCUAUCGCUGUAUUAUUGAAGUUCUUUAUAUUUUAAUUACUUCAUUGUUCAACUUUUAUUUGAAAUUGGCAGCAUUCUUCUUGAUGUGUAGUCUGGAGUUUAUUAAAGAGUGCGUAAAAAGUAAUAGAAAAUAAUAAUUUUCACCAAAUACCGAGACAUUACAAUUACAAAAUACUAAGCAUAAUUUUCAAACAAUAUUUUUCAUUCUUACUUGCAAACCUCCGUUUCUUCAUCACCAUUAUGUAAGCCUGUACUUGCUUUGCGCUCGUAUAAAUAAAACUCAAGUGAAAACAUUUUUUAUUUUUGUUGUUUUGUUUUUAAGUUAUACAUUUGAGGAAACAUAUUUUUUUAAAUAACUUAACAGACUCUUUUUCUAAACUCGUUGAAAGAAUUGACGCCAAUUUUGAAUCACCCUGUAUAGUGAUUAUUAAUAUCUAUUGGCUUUAAUCAUAUAUCAUUUUUGUUAUAAUUAGUUAGUAACAAAUAAAAUUAUUUUUAUUUUUAA